UCUACAGUUCUGUAAGUUUAACUUCCUGUGGAGAGAGACAAGAGAAGUUUAUAAACACAAACUUUACUUUUAUAAGAAUUGUCUGUAGUUUGCAGUUUUCGGGUGUCGAGCAGAGCAGUUAGACAUUGCUUUGAGACGAGAUGAACCCUGACUCUGCUGACCCUUAUAUAUUUUCAACUCACUUGUUACCCUCUGACCAUCGUUUCCUGCCGCCUCUGACUAACGGGACCCUGGGAUGGAGAGUGUUUGAAAAAAUUAUGCAUGAGGGUGGAGUCUAUAAUGGAGAGCUUGGAGCCUGUCACCGAGCGGAUAUACCAUGUCCGCUUGCAGUCAGGAUGAAUGUUGAGGAGGGGAAGCAUACGUACAGUUUGGACGCCCACACUGGUAUAUUCACUCACUCAGUACUUACCUCUUAUGUGGAAGCAACUCAGAUGUUCUAUGCUCAUCGAGAAUAUCCCAACCUCCUGGUUAUGGAAGUACUGCUGAAGCGUCAGAUGAGCUCUGAGGAACCAAUCACAGUCAAGCUUGAUAGUUCUUUCACUCCUCACAGUCAUGACAUUGCCUUUGAGACGGCUCCUGACUAUAGAGGAGGGAGGCACAUGUUUGGGCACACGAUGUCAGCAGAGUUCCCUGGAGUACUCUGUCCCUGUGUGCACCUUAUCUGGACCCCAGUAAUCUCCUGUGUAACGUUACUGCCUGACCAGAGCCAGUCUAGCUGGAGCUUUCUGGUUGCAGUUGCAGAGAGCAGUGAGAUCGCCAAGUUUUGCUUUGACACUGGUUUGGAGCUCAUUGAAAAUGGCGACCUGCAGGCUUCCCAUGUAAGGGCAUGGGCGGAGUUAUGGCAUGGUAGCAGUGUGGAGCUGGCCGGACCAGAGCCCUUGAGUCGAGCUGUGAUUGGCUGCAUGUUCUACCUUCUCAGCGCAUUCCCGUCUCUCACAGAGACACCCAGACCAUUUGGGGGCAUCAGUCCUGGAGGAUUGUCUAACGGGGGACACGGACAAGGACAGGACUACUGGGGACAUGUUUUCUGGGAUCAGGACACCUGGAUGUAUCCUAACAUUGCAGUCUUUCACCCUAACCUAGCCAGAGCUGUACUAGAGUACAGAAUGCGAACACUAGAAGGUGCCUGGAUCAAUGCCCAGGAGCAGGGCUAUAAGGGCUUGAAGUUCCCAUGGGAGAGUGCUGUAUCCGGUCAAGAGGUGUGUCCAAUGGACAGUUUUGGAAAGCAGGAGAUCCAUGUGAACGGCGAUGUAGCUCUUGCCUUCCGUCACUACCUCUACCUGACACAGGACAUUGGAAUAUUUAAAGAAGGCGGUGCCAGUGAAGUGGUGUGGGGUAUAGCCGAUUAUUGGGUGUCUCGAGUUAUCUGGGACCCUGCUGACCAGCACUACCACCUCAAAGGAGUGAUGCCUCCUGAUGAGCAUCACAAAAAUGUCGACAACUCGGUGUACACGAACACUGUGGCCAAGUACAGCCUGCAGUUUGCUGUGGACUUGGCUAGAUUGCUCCAGCAUCCUGCACCCUCAGAAUGGCAGGAAAUAGCUGAUAAGCUAAAAAUCCCAUAUGACCCUGGACUGAAGUACCACCCAGAAUUUGACGGUUACAAAAUUGGAACUGAAGUGAAGCAGGCAGAUGCCAUUCUGGUGGGAUUCCCACUGGGAUUGCCCAUGAGCCCAGAGGUCAGACGGAAUGAUCUGGAGUGUUAUGAGGCUGUCACUGAUCCGCUUGGUCCUGCUAUGACUUGGAGUAUGUUUGCAGUGGGUUGGUUGGAGCUUGGUGAAGCUGAAAAAGCACAACAGCUUCUGCAAAAGUGCUUCAAAAAUAUACAGGGGCCCUUCCAGGUGUGGAGUGAGUCAUCUGAUGGUUCUGGAGCGGUCAACUUCCUCACAGGCAUGGGGGGAUUUCUGCAGGCUGUGUUGUUCGGGUACACCGGUUUCAGGGUCCAGAAGGACUGUCUGACUUUUUCCCCACUGAUACCUAACGAAGUGUCUAUGCUCAGUCUGAAAGGCAUCAGUUACCUUGGCAAUAAGCUAGACUGGGUGUGUGUUAGACAGGAAGUCAGUGUUGUCGUGCGGAAGCAGGCAAAGGAUUCUGGGAAUCAGCAGCCUUGUCCUCUUGAGAUUGUGCUACAGAGCUCCGGAGACAGAAUCCCUCUUAAUCCAGGCCAACAGGUGACAUUUCCAUGGCAACGUGGCAAGAUCCAAAAACAAAGCUCUCCCUCCUACUGCUGGCUGUUUUGAUCCAGAAAUCACGAGCUAAUAUCAUUAGUUGUACAUCAUCAGUACCAUGAAAAGCGAUAUUAUAUUUUUAUGAUGCAGUUGAGCUGCUAGAUAUGCAAUUAGUGUUUAUUUGCUAUUGUUUUGAAGUAGUUGAUUAUUCACUGGAUGUUUUUGAUUGUGCACAAUUUUGUACGUUUACAAAAGCUAUUUAAAUAAAAUGAAAUGAUGCCUUUUUUUCCUUACACAUUUGAUCCAUGAAUUAAAAUAAUUUGAUUAUUGUGUGAUGACUGGAGAGUCUGGACAGUUUAAGCCAACUUUGACAAAAUGUAGGAACUAAAUUACUUAAUUAGUGGAGAGUUAUUGAAUAAA